UAGUUGUUAGACCAGCCGGACCACCAACUAAAACAUUAGUGGCUGGGCCGGCCCGUUCAUUAACUGCCCGCUAGCUGGCCAACAACUCAGUUGGUGAUUCAGCUGGAGCAUGUUCACAUCUUAUAUAAGCAUGAAUAUUCCCAGUCAUGCUGACGACCCCACGUUUCACGGAUCUAUAUUAUGCCUGAAAACCCUCUCCUUCGUGCAUCUAUCUUCUACUCUACAUCAUUCAUUUUAUGCACACAUUUCGAUACCUCAGGCUAUUCAGCCAUUAAUACCUAACAGCCUCACUGUUUUCUCUCGACUACAUAUCAUCAUAAACACCUUGACCAUCGCCUUGCGCUUCCACCAUAGCAACGUCGUCCCAAUAUAGUGUAUCUAUAUCAUGGCUCGCACUAAACAAUCUACCCCCGGGACGGGCGAAAGGCGUACAACUUGGACUCGAUUCCACCUGCCACGUGGGCAAGAUUGGCCAACAUGGUCGCCAUCCCGCUCGGGUCCGCAUCGCGGUCCCCUUACAGGUGUUCCAGGCAUCAGCAAUGUCUGGCUGGGGAGAAAGGUCGAGGAUUCUGAGCAGGCUGCCUUGAUCAUUCUCUGGAGAACGAAGGACGCCUUAGAGAAAUUCCAGGAGUCUCCAGCCUGUGAUGAAUUUCUGCAAUACCUGCCCGAGAACGGCGAGCAAUCCUCUCUCGAGUCCGGUGCAUUGCUCCAGGAUGUGUCUCUGGGCGACGCCAACGACGGUUCCUUGUCACCGGCACCGUCGCGGUUCCUCAGUUUCCAGUGGGUUAGCGGCAUUGGUUUUGAGACGAAUAUGCAGCGCCGCGUAACAUUCACCGCUCUCGUGAUACGAUACACGAGUGACAGCAUCCCCCAGUCGUCGCGGAGAGCUACGUUUAGCGCUGUGCGCAAGGCAUUCGACGAGUUCUGGCCAAAAGGUUGCGAGGAUAUCAGUUCCACACCUAUGCAGACUCAUUUUUGGAAGCAAUGGGCCAUAGUAGACAAUAAAGACGCCUUGGUGGACAGCGACCCUUGGCAGCUUGGGGAGCAGGUGGCGACAGCGGGAAAUGAGGGCGGUCGGAUGGUUUUGUGCGAGUUUCGUCAGUGGAAUGGUUAUAGCGGCGCCACUCCUGAGCGUGAAGAAGCCACUGCUAACAACCCGCUGACAAGGGAAUCAUGGGCCCAGAUGUUUGCAAAGGUGAUGCCCCCGGUUAUUGCCUGGGCGAAGGAGCGCUGGGACAUACAGUUGCUACCCGAAAAGGAAGAGGAAGAGGGCGAGUACGAGGAGGACUCGGGGAAUGACCGGAAUAUGGAGGGAUAGAACUUACCUCACCGCCGCGAUGAAUAACUGGGUGAUAAAUGUUGAUUUAGUACAGAUCUCGUGUUUAAUAUAUCUAUAAUACCGAUGGCAUAAUAAUACCUAGUGUUUAAUGCAAUUAUUUAUUAUUGG